UGCGUGUAACUAUUUUCCUUAAUUGGUGGAAAAUAUCUUUCUUAUUUAGUGUUUUUUCACUUCUUUCUAUCAAUGUAAGCACAUCUUAUAGUUAAGUCCAGGAACCAUGGCUGAUGAAGUGAAACUCGAGAGAGAUACCACCACUUGUACAACUGUUCAUCUUCAUGGUGCAACUGUAACUGAUUGGCAGUGUAAAGGCAAGAAGCUCCUGUUCUUGAGCCAAGAUUCUGUUUUUGACAACAAAAAGGCAAUAAGAGGAGGAAUUCCACUAGUUUUUCCAAACUUUGGUCCGUGGAGCCUUGGUCCUCAGCAUGGCUUUGCUAGAAUCAGUCGAUGGAGCCUAGAGACAGGGCCUACAAAGGACUCCAAUGGUGAUGUGACAGCUGUCUUCUCUCUGACUGACAAUGAUGAUACUCGUAAGAUGUGGAACCAUAACUUCAAACUGAUAUACACAGUCGUGUUAAAGGAAUUAUCUUUGGAAACAAAGCUGCAAGUCGAUAAUACAGGACCAAGUAGUUUUGACUUCACUUGCCUUCUUCACACCUACUUCCAACUCCAAGAUGUCACAAAGUCCACUGUAACUGGUCUGAAAGGACUUCGUUUUAUAGACAAGGUACAAGAUGGAGCCACAUGCGCGGAAACACGUGACCUGGUGAUGGUGACAGAACACACGGAUCGUGUGUACGAGGGGGCUGCAUCCGACCAUGUGUUGAAUGGAGUUAGUGAUGGAAGCGUGGACAUCACUAUCCAAAAGUCAAAUCUUCCAGACACUGUUGUGUGGAAUCCUUGGGAUAAACUUGCAGCAAAGAUGGGUGACUUUGGGGAUACCGAAUGGCCAAAUAUGUUGUGCGUGGAAGCUGGGCUGGUAUCGGAUAGACAGGUGUUACAGCAAGGGGAGAGCUUUUCUUGUUCUCAAACACUAACUGUUAGCAAAUCAUAGGAUUGGACUUGCCGUUUGAAAUAUUGACAAUGCUAUGGUGAUCAGAAUGCAGAUUAAAUGGAAGGAGUACUAUGACGAAUUCAGCUUGCAACAGUGCACGUCUUCUUCAGGACAAAGUGUCGGUUGUAAGUGUCGACUCAUUAAAAUAAAAGGUGCCAUAUUACACCUGUAAACUCUGCUAAGAGCCAUAACGGUCUUGUAAUGGAUUGUAGAAUUGGAGUGGCAAACUGCUCCUGACCAGUUUUACGGUAUUUGCUGAGAUACAAAUUAACAAGGUACUAAAAACUUUUAGUCUGGUUGCUGGUUGACUACAUGAUACUUGUAGACACUGUUGUGAUUUUCAAGGGAUGUGUUUCCUGUCACCUGAUCUGGUACUGUUGUUAUAGCCUACUGUAGUUGUCUUGUUAGUGUUGCCACAUACAUUGUAUUUUGUGACAGCGCCUGACCAGUUUUACAGUAUUUGUCGUGGUACAGAUAAGCCAGGCACUGAAGAUUUGGAUUUUUUCAGUCUGGUUGCUGGAAGGCUACAUAAUACUUGGUUCACUGCUUUCUAAAUGGAUGCGUUUCAGUCAUCUGAUCUGGUACUGUUGAUCUACUCUACUACAGCUGUCCUUGGUUCGUUAGUGUUACAAUUUGCUUUGUAUUUGGAAUAGAAACUGUUCUUCUAUUUUCCAGGAUAGACUCUCAAAAGGGGGGGGGGGGUUGUCAAGCCCUUUUAAAUUAGCAAUGGAAAUGUAUUUAUUGUUUUGAACAACUGGAAUUUUGGCUGUGCUGAACCUGUUUUGACAGCUAAAGCAAGUCAUUAUCUCUAUCAAAUUCCUUUAGUUUGAUACUGAUUACAUUCCAAAGGCAUGAAAACCAAUCAAUCACAGGACCCACAUUAUGAAAUUGGCUUAGGCGACAGUGGCGCUGUCUCGUGGCAGAAAAUAGAACUGAAAUCUUCGUCCAAAACUCUCAGUUCCACUUUAUACUGCUAGAUAGCACCACUUUAGUAUGAAAUGAGCAUGUUUUUAGGCCUUUCGCAUGAAUAGAUUUCGUGGUAUUGCCAAUGACAUAAGACACGGGUGGGGCCCUUUAGCUGUAUUUGCAUGUACUAGUCUUGCAACUAACCUUGACAGAUCUACUAGUUUUAUUCAUUUUCUUCAUGUCUUGGACAAAGAUUUUAAAAGUUUUGAUGACGGUUGUGAUGAUGGACUGGAACCCAGGCCUACCUCCAAGCAAUUGCGGUAAGAUUUUUUUGGAGUUGAACCUACCUCAGCAAACACCUCUCUAUUAAGAACACUAUUUUUAGUCCCAAAGUUGUAGUUUCCAUUAAAUUUGACCUCUCUAAUCAGAACACCUCUAGGACAGCACUUGUCAGUCCCAAGAGUGUCCUUGAUAGAGCGGUUCUACUGUACUUCUUUAUUUUUGUUCUUCAAUCCAUUGUUCUUCAAUCCAUUGUACUUGCCACUGCUAGGGACUCCAAUACAGUCC